UUUUAUCAUUCGACUCGACGACUCAGGUAAAAUUUGAGCAAUCACGAUCGCCUAAAUAAGAGGGAGUGGUAAAAGAUAAGUGCGGCCAAUGCGCGUGGGCAAGUCGGGAUAAAUUUGGAAGUGUUCAUGGGUAAUCACGGACUACGGAGUGGAUUGGCGGCGUUCUACAGUUUUAAACGGGAAUUUAUGUGAAUCGGCGUUUCGUGGUCGACCGUCUGUAUCGACACACCGAUUUCGUCGCGCAUUAAAUCGCAUAUAAUCGCAGGAUUGCGUCGUUUAUUUACGCAAGAUGUAUCCGUGCAUCAGCGAGAGGUCAUGUACGAAGCCGUUACACAGGCUAUCGCCAUCGAAUUAUAGCGUCCCCAGCACGAAGCUAAGGAACGUGAUUUGCGUCCUCUGCAAGAGCAAAUUUUGCGUGCCAGAUCUAUCAAACUUGAAUCUCAAUGGAUCCAUAUCGAGAGGAACUCUCAUACCUCUGUUGUUGGAUUGUGGACAUCCAAUAUGUAAUAAGUGUAUCAACGUUAAGUUCGCGAAUCUUAAAAAAUGCCCUAAAUGUGAUAAAAUCAUUGAAAAUUGCAAGUCUUUGCGUCCAUUGAAUUUACAUGCACUAGGAUUAAUUAUUUCAUCCUAUCAUCGUCCACUGGAAAAUGAUGAAGAAUUUCUAUUCUGUCAUAAAUUAUCUUCACAAUUACGUCAAAUAACAAAGAAAGGAAGUUGUCAUGAAUGUGGAAAUCAAGCUAAUGUAAAGUGUCCACAAUGUAUGGCUCUCUAUUGUUACUCCUGCUAUUCAAAAAUUCAUGGAAGGGCAUUACAGAAUCAUACGCAAAUUCCAAUAUGUGAUGGAAGCUCCAACAGUCCUGCCUCUAUAUUGAAUAGUUGUUCAUCAACAUGUUCUGAAGCGCUAAGCUAUUUUUGUAAUGACUGUAAUGUGGCUUGUUGUUCAAAUUGUACUUUGUGUUCGCACAAACUGCACAAUUAUGUAUCCUUAUCAGAAAAGAAUCAGACUCUAAUACCAGAAUUCAACGAGAUUUACGAGCACAUCGAGGAAACACUGCAGCGAGUCUACCAGACGAAAGAGAAAAUAAAAUCGGCGUUCACAUCCAACACGUACAAGCUAGAAAAUGGUGAUAUCAUCGAAGCGGCACUGUCCCAACAUUUCGCGUACCUGCACGGUGUUCUUCAAAAUAUGGAAGCAAAGUUGAUAAAUCAACUAUAUGAGCAGGGUAAUCGUCUCAAGAACAAUUUAGAAAACAUUGAACUACAACUUCAAUCGCAGGAGGAAAAAUUGAAGUUUACAAUGCAGCUAGCAUCCUAUGCGGAACAGACCUUCCAUAAAGUGGACAUAGGAAACGCAAUAAAUAUUCUAACGGAAAUGGCAGAUCUUCCUUGUCAUUUGAUGUACAAAGACUCAGGCCAGAACAACAAAGCAAAGUUUACCAUCGAUGACUCAAUCGUCGAAGCUAUAGAAAAUCACUGUACAAUUACAGUGCCACCAGUGUCGUCUUACAGUCUUGUGCGAAAAGAGGAACUGCCGACGAAUUACAUAAUGUCGCCUUUACCGAAGAAACCACGUACAAAGAUUCUUGAAAGUUCGCAAGCAAAGCUAGAACAGGCGAUAAUGCGACCGGUAAUACAAUCGGAACAAAAACUUGAUGACUCAUUAAUGUCGACGAUAUCCAUCGAGAUAGAAGAUAAAGAAGAAGAAAUUCUUUUUCUUUUUCAAGGUAUUUCCGAAUGUAAGGUGGAAGUGACGUACGUUGUUGAUCCGUCGUUAUUCUUUGUACGAAAAGUGGCCAUGAAAGCAAAAUUCCUACAGUUAGAGAAAGACCUAAUGGCAUACGGAAACGAUGAGGAGAACCUAAAGAAAUCGAUCAAUAUUAAGCAAAAUGACAUGUGCAUCGUCAAACAAUGGAAAGUCAACGAGUGGUACCGUGGAUGCGUGAACACAGUGAUGACAAAUAGCGACGGCGAAACAUCGUACAACGUGGUUUACAUAGAUUAUGGAUACGAGGAAUGCAACAUAGCGGCUUCGAGAGUGCGAAAAAUAGCUGAGCAUUUGCAAACAUUGCCACCACAAGCGAUUCGAUGCUGUUUAAACGGCUUGAAGCCUAAGAAUCUUCAUUGGACGAACGCGAGCACAAAUGAUUUCAUGAAACUGACAAAUGGAGUCGAUUGCAUGAUGUCCAUUAUCAAAUCUACUCCUGAUAUUUUACACGUCGAUCUUCGUGUUAAUCCGAAGAAUAGUAACAUGGGUCCACAGUCGAUGUGUAGUACUAUGAAAAUUAUGGAUUAUGCGCAUUUGGACAGUCGGAAAAAUCCGAAAAAUACACUGACGACUUACGUUUAUAAUAGAGAAGAACUUCCAUUAAAUAAAUCAACAGCAGUUAUUAUUGGCUGGCUUGAGUCACCAUACAAGAUUUAUGUCUCCAAGGCUACGCGACAAAAUAAGUUUUUGAAAUUAAAGGAUGAAUUAAACGAAUAUUACACAAAAGAGACUUCAGUGAAAAUUAUUGAAACACUACAAAAAGGUGUACCAUGCGCUAUACAAUUAGAAGACGAUACCUGGCAACGCGGUGAAAUUAUCGAAAUAAUUAGUGAAAACCAAGUCAGAGUAUUUUGUGUGGAUUGGGGAUGUACUUUGAUUCAAGAUCGCGACGCAUUACGAAUGAUUCCAUAUGAAUAUACCACAUUUAAGGCCCAAGCUAUAAAAAUAUCGCUAAUGUAUAUAAUGCCUGAAGCCAAUGGAACAUGGAAACAGGAAGCUGUAAUAAGUUUGUUGAAUCUCUUUAGUAACACAAAAUCUAUCAUGGUAAAUCCUCGAAAAAAAACAGAUGACGGAUACAUUGGAUUAAUGUAUAGCAAUAACAUUGAUGUCAGCCGGCAGUUAAAAAUCACAGGCGUUGUUAACGAUUAUGUUGUGAGCAACAAAUUUAAGAACAAAUUGCAAAAGAAACCACAAUCAGAUGUUAAAAAUAAUGUUUCACUACUGGAGAAAUCUGAUAAUAAUACUAUCAAAGACUUCUGUAUUUCAUACAAUACGGAGAAUGAUAAAUCCAUGAAAGAAGAGACGCCUAAAGAUCCAUUCAAGGUAGAAGUGCGUAUUCAACGGGUGAUCACACCGGACUGCAUCUAUGUUGCACAGAUGGAACAUGAACAAGAGAACGAGAAACUGAUGUUAAAGAUGCAAAAAUUCUACGAUAAGUAUCAUUCCGAGCCACGCAAUAAUUGGAGUGAAGGUGCAUUGUGUACUGUGUAUUCCGCAAAGGAUAAGUCCUACUUCCGUGCUAAAAUAUUGAAAAUAAAGUCCUCGACGGAAGUGCUAGUCUAUUUAUAUGACAUGGGCAUCGAGGAGACUGUGACGAUGAAGGACAUACAAGUUCUUCAUCCACAAUUCGCGGAGGAAAUGACGUACUGCUUUAAGGUGAAACUAGCUGGUAUUUUGCCGUGUGGCGGAUCAUCCACAUGGCCGUCAUUAUCUUGCACAACACUGUCCGAGAUUAUACAAAAUAAUGCGUAUUGCAAGUUUUAUAUCACUAAGCCGGUUCAUGAAGAAUUUUCUGAUGAUAUUAUACCUGUCGAGCUUUGGGUAAGACAAUCUAAAAUACCAGGACCGUUAGCACCAACUCAAAUAGAAAUAAAUUCUAUCAACCGAAUGUUGGUGGAGAAAGGUGUCGCUUUACCCAUUAAGAACUACUUUGCAAAAGCAGACUCAAUUCUCGCAGAAGAAUUUAAACAGCAGUUGGAGACUAGUCAUUGGGGUAUGCCGAACGAAGAAAAUGUUGAAUGGUUGGACAAAGAUCCGACUAAAAAUGAAUUGGAUGUCACCAUGACAUCAUGUCCAUGGCAAGAUAGACCUAGAAUUGAAUUAGAUUUAAUUCCUUCAGCUCCGAUGACUAAACACAAGGUUUGCGAUUCGACAAAUCGUGAGGGUUCGGUGAAGUUCUCAGACUGGUUGCCGCCGAUCGAAAUCACGGAAGAAGUAUUUCAUGCUAUAACGACAUAUGUGGAUGUUAAAUGCAUGGUGUACUUGCAUUCUAAGAAAUACAAUGCCGACUUAUUGAAUUAUAUAGAGACCGAAUUGCAAAAUUAUUGUAAAAAAGUUAAAACGAACAAAGAGAAACAAUGGAAGGAAGGAGAAAUAUGUAUUGCUCAAUAUCAUUAUAAUCAAAAGUGGUAUAGAGGUAGAAUUGUCGACAAUUUAGGAAAUGUAGUGAAGGUGGAAUUUGUCGAUUAUGGCAAUGUGGAAGAAUGUAAAAUAGAACAUGUAACAGAUGAUAUUAGAUUGGGACAUAUUCCUAUUCAGUGCACAAAAUGCGUCAUCAGUGGGUUAAGACCGGCAUCUCCGAAUGGUAAAUGGAAAUUGAUCGAUUUAGACCGCAUACACGCGCUUCUUGUUGAUCAAGAAUGCAAAGUGUCCAUUUUACAGCGCCAACCCACAAAUUUAAUUGUAUCCAUCACAUUAUUACGACCAUGGAAAUCCGAUCUUCUGUUAUAUCUUUCAAAUCACAUGGAUAUGGAUAUUAAGAUCGAACGUAAAUCAUGGAAUGAUUCGGACAAUUCCGAAAAUGAAGAUUUCAAUUCGACGGUAACCUUGAACACCACUAGGGAUGUUGUCAUUGAAGAAACAAUAAGUGAUUACGAAAAGCUAUGCAUAACUGACAUCUCCAAGAAAUCUUCAAAUACAAACAAUGAGGAUAUUACAUUAAAUGAGAAUGUAAUUAGUGGUAAUUUAGAGACUACAAAGACAGAAUUACUUGAUAAAUUAGAGAAUAAGCGCAUGAUUUCCGAUACCGAAAGUAUAUCUUCGAUAGACACGAAUAUUUUAAACACGAAUAUAAUCUGCUCAACGCCGCAACCAUCAGAGGACGAAGAUUAUAUGAUCUCAUACAAACGGUUGAUCAUUCCGCAGGAUACAAAGUACAUUGAAUUAAUAUUAUGUUGUAACAAAGAUCCUAUCACUUCAUUAGCGCAACUGGCAGAAAAUAACGACGAUAUAUUCUCUGAUAAGCUUCACGAGUAUUACUUGCAAUACGAAAGCGUAAUGUCAGAAAUGCAGACUAAUCGUCAACCAUUAAUCGAAUCCUUCGCAAAGAAUACUCCAUGCAUCGCGAAAUUUACUGAUAAUAUGUGGUAUAGAUGCAUUAUUACAAAUAGUGAAAAAAUUUUAAACACUCAGUAUAUAAAAAUUUCAUUAUAUUACGUCGAUUUUGGUAAUCAUGAGUACAUACAGUUACAUACAACGGACAUAUUCUCCAAAAACUAUGAUUUACGUGUACCAAAAGAGGAAUGGUUGGAAUUACCUGCCAUGGCUAUCAAAUGCACAUUUUGGGGGCUAAACUUCGUUUCUAACGAUAUUGAUUUAUUAGCAUCGAAAUUAGAUGAAAUAUACAAUGAAGCAGUCGUGGCCCGAGUUAAGAAAAUUAUUGAGGGUAAUCAUGUAGUAGUCGAAGUAUACAAGGACAAGAUGUGUACGGAACUGUUUUAUGCUGAUUUAAUAAAAGAAGGUUUAUAUCAAUUUAAUCUCACGGAAGACUGAGGAUCAACGUCAACUCUUCGACUAAUUUCACAUAUAUUUAUUUCAUAUGAUUUAUAUGGCGUUUCAUAUGAUUUAAGAUUCCUGAGUCACCACAGUCAUUCAUAGUUAUAUUGAUGAAUCGUUACGUUAGAACGAUAAUAUGGUGAUUACUCAGGAGCCUUAAAUUGAAAAAGAAU